GAGCGACCUUUCCGACGAGGGUGGCCGCCCUCCCGAUCCCGCCGAUAUCAGGAUCACGGCAACCGUCAAACCUCACCAGAUCGAAGGAGUUUCUUGGCUCAUCCGCCGCUACCAUCUCGGCGUCAACGUCAUCCUAGGCGACGAGGUCAGGUUCUUUGAACUAACAAGAAGCAAUUGAAAUCCUUAUAGUUGCUCAUGUGUCGGUAUAUUUUGAUCGUUGGGAACUUUAUUGUCUUGAGAAAGCGAAUUAGUGGAGCUUAGGGCAUGUUUGCGGAAUUAAUGUGCCCCUUGUGUAUGGGCCUGGGAAAGACUCUGCAAGCUAUUUCUUUCUUGAGCUAUCUGAAGAUUCAGUCACUAUCAUGUGGACCCUUCUUGGUAUUGUGUCCGUUAAGCGUCACAGAUGGUUGGAUAUCAGAGUUUACCAAAUUUUGUCCUACUUUAAGGGUUCUCCUUUAUGUUGGUGAGAAAAAGUAUCGUCUCGGACUUCGAAGGAUGAUGUAUGAGAAUCUGCAAAGGAAGUCUUCGUUCCUUGAUGAUUUACCUUUUGAUGUGUUGUUGACAACGUAUGAUAUAGCUUUGUUGGAUCAGAAUUUUCUUUCUCAAAUUCCUUGGCAUCAUGUUGUGAUUGAUGAAGCACAACGGCUGAAAAAUCCUUACAGUGUUUUAUAUAAUGUGCUUGAGCAAAAAUUUAUCAUGCCUAGACGUUUGUUGUUAACGGGCACACCUAUUCAAAACAACCUUACAGAGCUAUGGGCCUUGAUGCACUUUUGUAUGCCUUCUGUUUUCGGGACAUUGGAACAAUUUAUUUCCACAUUUAAGGAGGCUGGAAUUUCAUCUAAAGGGUCUGAAUCAGAUAGGGUAAAGAGGCAAUUUGGAAUUCUCAGAUAUAUAUUGAGAGCGUUUAUGCUCCGGAGAACAAAAGCAGUGCUUAUUGAGAGGGGAACUUUGACUCUGCCGCCUCUUACUGAGAUUACAGUGAUGGCACCUUUGAUGCCUUUGCAGAGGAAGGUGUACAUGUCGAUAUUGAGAAAGGAGCUUCAAACACUACUGUCAAUUUCGUUGGGAAGUACUAGCAAUCAGUCCUUGCGGAAUAUUGUAAUACAACUUCGAAAAGCAUGUAGCCAUCCUUAUCUCUUUACUGGUAUGGAACCUGAGCCAUAUGAAGAAGGGGAGCAUCUGGUUCAGGCUAGCGGGAAGCUUAUUAUUCUGGACCUGCUGCUCCAAAAACUCUAUGCAGCAGGACACCGAGUUUUGUUAUUUGCUCAGAUGACUCGUACACUCGACAUUCUACAGGACUUCCUGGAAUUGCGUGAAUACACUUAUGAACGGCUUGACGGAUCUGUACGUGCUGAGGAGAGAUUUUCUGCAAUAAGAAGCUUCAGUAAACAACCAGUCAAAGGUGAUGUGAUUCAUCAAGAUAAACAAGAUGUUGCUUUCGUUUUUAUGAUCUCAACUAGAGCUGGAGGAGUUGGUCUCAAUCUCAUCGCUGCAGAUACCGUAAUCUUUUACGAGCAAGACUGGAAUCCUCAAGUAGACAAGCAAGCCUUGCAGCGUUCUCACCGCAUUGGCCAAAUGAACCAUGUGUUAUCCAUAAAUUUGGUAACAGAACACACCAUCGAAGAGGCAAUCAUGAGAAGAGCAGAGAAAAAACUUUGGCUAAGCAACAAUGUUGUUCAUCAAGAAGAAGAAACAUAUGCAGCAGGAAAGGAUGUUGGAACUGAUACUGGUGACAUGCGGUCACUCAUUAUUGGCUUACAAUUAUUUGAUCCCAUGGAUGUCAACAAAGACUCCAUUGAUGCGGAUAAUAUGGUGGAACUCAAUGAAAUGACUGAUAAAGUGGUUGAAAUCCGUAAUCAUGAAACAUCAGAUAAGGAUGUCCGAAGAUUCAAAAUUAAUAAAAAAGAUAUGUUGGAAAGCGGUGACAUGUUUGCAAAAUCUUAUGGAUCUGCUACUUUUGAUCCUAGAGUUGAUGAGGCUUCAUAUUUGUCCUGGCUGCAGAAGUUUAAAGAGGCUUCAUUGUCUGGAGAGGCUUCCUAUUUGGAGCAGGGAAAGAGAAGACAUCUGUCAGAAGAAUAUCAACGAAAACGUGAAGCUGAGAAGAAAAAGGCAGAGGAGAAACAGUUAGCAAAGUGGGAAGCUCUUGGUUACCAGACAUUAGCUAUUAAGGAGCCGGAUCUCAUAGUGGAGAAUAGUGUUCUGUCUGAUUUGGGUUCUGUCCAGUUUGUGUACGGAGAUUGCACUAAACCAUCAAAAGUUUUCCCAUCAGAGCCUGCUAUAAUUUUUAGUUGCAUUGAUAACUCUGGAAGAUGGGGACAUGGCGGAAUGUUUGAUGCUCUAGCUAGUCUUUCAACAUGUGUCCCAGAUGCCUACCACCAUGCUUUUGAAUGUGAUGAUCUUCAUAUGGGGGAUUUGCACUUAGUGAAGUUAAAUGUUUCCUGUGGUGAUGAAAGCAUUGUACAAAAUUCUCCUCUAUGGGUUGCACUUGCUGUUGUGCAAUCAUAUAAUCCUCGACGUAAAAUUCCAAGAAGUAAUAUCUCUAUGGUUGAUCUGGAACGAUGUUUGUCGAAGGCAUCCUUCGCAGCUGCUCAAAAUUCUGCUUCCAUUCAUAUGCCACGGAUUGGCUACCAAGAUGGAUCACAACGCUCAGAGUGGUACACAGUGGAACGCCUCCUAUGGAAAUAUGCAUCAAUCCAUGGCAUCACUAUAUAUGUUUCAUAUGCAGGUACUAUUAUCGGCAUCCAUCCAGAGAGCAAUAAGAGCUGAUAUUUUCAAGUUCUGCUAUGUAAAUUAUUUAUGAUGUGUUUUAUAUAGAAGAAGCUUUGCGCCAUGAACAACUACCUAUAUUAAGAUUUAUGUUGAUGGACAUGGAACUGAUAAAAAUAGAUGCUGAAACUCUCUUUGUGAGGUGUUAGAA